AUGAGCUCGAGCUUGGCCGCGGGAGAAGGCAGUGAGGCUGAGGCGGGGGCGUGGACGGCGGCUGCGGGGCCCAGGCUCGCCGCGCCGCCCCUGAGCGAUGGGCUUCUGAUAGUGAAAGUGGAGGAAGACUCCCCGGGAGGUCGGGAGCCCGGCCCGCCUGUGGAUUCCCUGGAUCCCGAAACUUGUCGGCAGUGUUUUAGGCGGUUCCGUUACCAGGAGGUGGCCGGACCCGAGGAGGCGCUGCACCGGCUCAGGGAACUCUGUCGCCGGUGGCUGAGGCCCGAGGUGCACUCGAAGGAGCAGAUCCUGGAGCUGCUGGUGCUGGAGCAGUUCCUGACCGCGCUGCCCGCGGAGCUGCAGGACCGCGUGCGGAAGCACCGCCCGGCGGGCGGCGCCCCGGCUGCGGCCAUCGUGCGGGCCCUUCAGGGAAGGCUCGGUGGACCCUCCCUCCAGGGAUUGAUGAAGGACAAGGAUGUACCUGUAACCUGGGAGGAGUGGGAGCAUGUGGACCCAGUUCAGAGGGACUUCUACAGGGAGGACAUGCUGAAGGAUUAUGGGAGCAGAGUCCUACCAAGUUUGGAAACCAGAACAGAGAACAAAGAGUUGAUUCCAAAGCAAGAAAUUCUAGAAGUAGAGCCACAGAUGCAGCUACAAGAAAGGUCCCAGGGGAAUGCUCCCCUGUUGUCCAAAUGUGGUGAUACCCAUGAGCAGAUGGUAGAAAAGCACUCAAGAAACCCUUUAUUCCUGAAACUUGAAAAUUCUCCUGAGGAGCAAAGACUCACCAGCAUCUCAGAUCUCAAGAAUGUUCCCUCAAAAGAGGGAGACUCCAAAAAUAAUGAAAUUGGGAAUAGUGCCAGAAGUUCAAACUUGGUUCUUUGUAGGCAUGGCCUGACAGUAGAGAGGUCUGUUAAUGGUGCUGAACGUGGCAACAAGUGCAAACAGAGUUUAGAUAUAGUGAUGAAACCUCACAAAUCUAUUGACAAUGUGGAAAAUUUCCAUACUUCAGGCCUUUUUCAGACCCAAAGGCAGCUCCGUGAAGAAAGACCUUAUAAAUGUGAUAACUGUGGAAAGGGUUUCAAACAGCGUUCUGACCUCUUAAAACACCUGAGAAUCCACACUGGGGAGAAACCCUACGAAUGCAAAGAAUGUGGGAAGAGCUUCAGUCAGAGUGCUGCCUUGAUUAAACACCAGAGGACACAUACAGGGGAAAAGCCAUACACAUGUCCCAAAUGUGGGGACAGCUUCAGGCAGAGCUCACAUCUCAAUCGGCAUCAACGAAUCCACAUAGGAGAGAAACACUAUAAAUGUACUGAAUGUGGGGAGACCUGCCGUAUUUCCAACCGCUUUAGACAUCAGAGAAUCCAUAAAGGGGAAAGACCCUAUACAUGUGAAGAAUGUGAGAAAAGCUUCAAACGGUGCUCUGACCUCUCUAAACACCAGAGAACCCACACCGGGGAGAAGCCUUAUGAAUGUUCUGUCUGUGGGAAAUGCUUCAGUCAGAGUGCGACCCUCAUUAUACACCAGAGAACUCACACUGGAGAAAGACCUUAUAAAUGUCUUGAAUGUGGGGAAAGCUUUAGACAGAGUCCACACCUUAUUCGACACCAAAGGAUCCACAGAAAUAAAACCCCAUCAUUUUGA